CGGCCCCCCGCGCUCGCCCCCCUUGCUGCGCGCCAGCCCCGGCUCCAUGGCCGCGUGGCGGCUGGUGCCCCUCGGGUGGCGCGGGCGCGGCUGCACGCUGGCGGACGGCGGCAGCGCGAGCGUCGGCAGGCGGCCGUCUUCCAGCGUGAGGUGCGAGGACCCGCGCGUCAGCGGCGCGCACUGCACCCUGCACAGCGCAGCCCCGGCCUGCGGCGAGGAAGGGCGCGGGCCGACGCUCGAGGUGUGCGACCUCAGCGCGAACGGGACCUACCUGAACGGCGCCAGGAUCGGCAGGGGCCAGCGGCGGCUCGCCUCGGAUGGCGACGUGCUCUCCCUCGUGGGGCCAGGCGGCCCAUCGCGGGACGGCCAGGCACCGGCGAUCGGCCUGGGGGACGGUCUCCCAGGCGUCCUCUUUCGCAUCGAGCGGGUGGAGGCGGAGCCUUUGCAUGCGCGAGCGGAGGCGGAGGCGCCCACAGGCGGCCCGCCGCCAGGCGCGCGGCAGCACGGGGCUGCGCUGGUGGCUGGCCGCUCGCCGUCUCCGCGGCGCUCCAGGUCUCCGCGGCUGCACCGCCCGUCGACAGAGCGAGGGCUCCUCGGUCCUGCGGCCGCCCCUGCUGUCUCGGCGAUGGGAGGAGCGGCCGGGCUCCCAGCGUCACCGUGCUGGUCGCCAGUGCCGCGGGCGGUCUCGCCAGACCCCUGCGGCGCCACCAGCGGUCUGGUCUCGGCGGGCGCCAGGUCGCCACCAGACGAAGACUGCGGCGAAGGAACCGCUGACGGCAUCCUCGAGAGGCUCAUGGCCAGGAGGGCGGCACGCAACGCCCCCGAGCAAUCCCUGGCUUCGGCGCCGGCGGAGUCCUCGGCGGCCAGGGCGAAGGCGGCGAGGCUGGAGGCCAUCCAAGCCCUGCAGGCGCAGAUGGCCCAGCUCACCCGCGUGCGCUCCGCAGCGGAGGCGACCGGCUGGCCAGCGGGCUGCCAGGAGCCACCGCGAGAGCCCCAGCUGCAGCCUUCCGUGGUGGUCCAGGGCGCUGGGCGCAGGCCACGCGUCGGCGGCAAGCGCGGCGGCGGCAAGCGUACCAUUCGCGUGCUGGAGCCCACGUGGCUCAGGGCCGACGCCGCGUGUGCGGCGAAGGCCACAGACGUGUGGGAGGAGCAUGCCGCCAGAGCGACGGCCGAUGCGGCUGCCGCCCUCAGGCGCUGCCGCGGCGCAGGGCCGACCGCAGCCGGUGCCGCGGAGGCAGCCGCCGAGGUCGUCGAGCGGUUGCGCGCCCGCGCCGAGGACGAGCCAGGGCGCCGGGCGUUGAUGCGCAGCAGCGGCGCUUGCCCACGGGCCUGGAUAUUUGAGAAGGGUCGCCGCGCAGUGGCGCCCUCCAAGCGGAGCCGCCAGGGGCUGCUGCCGGCGCGCACUAUAGCCAACGAGUUCGAGGCUGCAACCUUCAUCCCGUCCAGCGCGCUGGCUGGCCUCCUGGAGGCGGCGCGGCCUGGGCUGCUGGGCGCUUGGCAACGGCUGGAGCCAGACCCCGAGGAAGAUGUUGACCGCACGACAGGGGUCAAGGACUUGUCGGCCUGCCUCCAGCUGGCACAGGGCCUCGGCGAAGAGAUCGUGGGCACGAGCGUCGGCAGGCUGGCGCGUGCUGGCCUCACAAAGGACUACCCGUUUUACGUCGAUGCUGGGUUUGACCAUUUUGUGUGUGACGCUUGCGGCUGCUGGGUGGCCCAGAGGAAGGCUGCGCGGCACAAUGCACGGUGCCUGGAUGACGCUGCCGGCCGCCCACGCACAUUCCGGCAGUCCGCCCGCGACGAUUUGGGCGUCACGGUGGGCUUCAAGCACAGUGUUGCAGAGCGCUCCGUGCAGCUGCACGUCGACGCGGCGCUCGAGGACGCGGCCCGCCGGGCCCGCUCGUGCUGCUACUGGGAGCCAGACAGCCUCCGCUGCGAGUGGCGGCUGGCGAGACGGCCGGUGCCGGACAGACUCGCGCUGCCCGCUCUGAGCGUUGCAGGGCCGCCAGGCCGCGCGGUCGCUGGGCCCCCCGUGCGCAAGCGCCGCCGCUGCGCGCCGCCCGGCACGGCAGGCGCGGGGCUGGCGGGCGGCGCCGAGGAGGACAGCGAGACCACCGCCUCCGAGGGCGACGCGGUGGUGUGCUCCUCCGGCGAGGGCGGCGCCGACGGCUGGCUGCCAGGCGAGCGAGCCCGCAGCCUCGGCGUCGCCGAUGCCCAGGCCACCGAGGCGGCCGCGGCCGCGGCCGCGGCGCCUCCCGCCGACGUUUUCCGGCUGAGGGCCUCGCUGGAUUCCGUGCCGGCCCACCAGCCGAUCGCCUUCGUGCGGCCGCUGACGCCGGCGCAGCUGCACACGCUGGGCUGGAUGCGCCAGCGCGAGGGCGAGGACGCUGGCUACUCCAGCACGCAGACGCUUCGGCAGCCGCUGGCGGAGACGGACGUGUGCGUCGAGGUGAGAAUCUCGCGCGAGUUCAAGUCCGCACGCGGCGGCAUCCUCGCAGAUGCCGCCGGUUACGGCAAGACCGCGUGCGUGAUCGCCCUGGUCUCCGAGACCAGGUCCGAGUCGCUCCGCGACAUGCUGAGCGUCGAGGACUGGCCCGCGGCUGGAGGCUGCCGCGUGCUGACGAACGCCACGCUGGUUGUCGUGCCGCCGGGUCUGUUCGACCAGUGGGGGGAGCUGGGGGAGUUGAAAUGGGCGAGCGAGCCGACAGGGCCAUUAGAGUUUGAGGGACUGGGCGGGUUUGGCCGGAUUGAUUGCAGCGGAG